AUGAGUCAAAGAACAUCAAGAAAAUUUCUUUCAACAAAUGAAAAUAUUCUUUAUGAAUUGAAUGAUUAUGAUCGACAACGAACACCAGAAAUCCUGAUUGAUGAUGAUCGUAUUCAAUGUGUUCCCGUUGAUCCUAUAGCCAAAAGUCUUUCGUGUCCUAUUUGUCUCGAUUUAUUCAAUCGAACAAUGGUAACAACCGCAUGUUUACAUCGUUUUUGUGCUGAUUGUAUUCAUCGUUGGCUUAAAUCUGACAAUAAAGUUUGUCCGACAUGUCGAAAAACACUUAAAUCAAAGCGAUAUCUUCGAUCGGACAGUCGUACUGAUCAAUUAGUUGAUCUUGUUAAAAAACAACAAGCAAAAACAAAUGAACUGGCAGAAAUGUAUCGCAAACAACAACAUGAUUGA